AGAAAUAAUGCCCAUGUUCAAAGUUAAUAGCUCAGCUCUCCCAAUCAUUUGCUAGAAGAAAAAUGCUUGCUCGGUUACCACAGAGACCAGGCAAAACAAACCUACUGCUUAGGCUAGUCAAUAAAAAGACAUCCCAGAUUCCUCUCAGUCCAUUCAUCAGAGCCAGGGCAGACAUGCCAGCACAAACUACAGAAGUGAUUGGUGAGGUAUGUUUUUGGUGGUGGUGGCCAUGGCUUUAAACCAUAAAUUGUGUGGCAACACUCUACCUCCACACACCCCACGCCCCUGCCCCACAAGUACAAUCUGCUUGAUGAUGAAUUCUUGAGUUUACUUUACUGUGGCAUCCACUGGAGGUAAAUGAUAAAGGGAGAAAAUGGGUUUUGUUUAGUUGUUUUUGUGUGUGUGUUUGCUUGAGACAGGCUUUCUCUAUGUAACCCCAACUGUUCUGGAACUUUCUAUAUAAACCAGACUGGCUUCAAACUCAUAGAGAUCCACUCCCUCCAACUCCCAAAUGCUGAGAUUAAAGAACGGUAUCAACACACCCAGCUUGAUUGGUUUUCUGAGACAGGAUCUCAUUUGUAGCCUAAACUAGCCUAGAGUUUGGAAUUUGCAAUCUUCCUGUCUCAGCCUCCCAACUGCUGAGGUUACAGGCAUGUGCUGCCAAACCCUGUUCAAAGUAAGGUGUGGGUUUUGGGGAUUAAUUAACCCACUUAAAAGCCUUAAGGUAAAUGUUUUUCUUUUACGUUGUUAAGAACAGAAAUCAAAAUAUCAGUUUAUUAGCAGGAUCAGAAGUAUAGGCUAUUUUUCAAAAGAGGAAAAAGAGUAACAAAAGGUAACACUUUUGGAAUUCACACUCAGACAGGGGCCUGCUUCCUCCUGGGGUGUGAGCAGGAGGAGUCUCAUUUAAUCAAACUGGAACUGUAGCUAGGCAUUUAUUUGCCAUUUCAUAGAGAGAGCCUGAUUCUUACAGAGACAAGGAACUUCUCCCUAGAGCAACCGCCAAAGUCUCCCAGCUUCGUUCUGCCUAGAAAUAGUCACAGGACCAGCCUUGGUCCCCCAAAGCAUUCCACACUCCCUGUGAGGCGGCAGGCCACACGUGCACAGGUAAGCUAAGAGAAUUCCAAGCCUUGUAACCAGACCUGCUCUUCCUGGUUUCCCUGAGUCACAAUGACUGAUACUUCCAGGAAUUUUACAACGGCCCAGAAGCAUUUGUUCUUUCUUCAGAGUCCAGGAAGUGGGAAAGCAGGGUGGGUGGGAAAGAGACUAGAGAAUCCCAGGAGUUUUAUAAAAUGACCACAAAUGCGAUGACAUCCUGCUGCUAAAAGAGACUCAGUGGCUAGGUGCUUGACUGUUACAAAAUAGUGUGUUGACAGCUCAAGACAUCUGAAGCUCUCUGUAUGAAACAGAAAGCAAUGGCUAUCCCAUUUCGCCAUAGUAUGUCAUCAGCUCAGACCCUCUGAUAGGAGAAGUCAUCUUCAAAUCGUGUCCCACGGUUUGAUUCCUAGUUCCCUCUUCUCAUAGUCUGAGCAGGCAUAACACAUCGCAAAGAUUUAAUCCAGCAUAGCUCACCACAAAGGUUUUUUUUUGUUGUUGUUGUUGUUUUUCCUGCUGAUUAUCUAUUUAGGCAUGUUGUAAUGCCCUCUUUCCUUAUCUCUGCCUCUGCCCAGGGGCAGAGAUAACACUGAAAUGAAAAAAAAAAAUUAAAAAAUAAACUAGAAAGAAGAGAAACAGACACCGAGGAGCUGUUGCCCUAAGGCUGACCAGAAAACAGAGCCACCUCUUCUGGAAGGCCAGGGGUGUACGCGAAGAGAGCAGUUUAGAAGGAAGGAGGGGAGGUGGGUGGGGUUGACGCUUGAGAAAGUCGGUUCCUGGUCCCACCACUCGGUUCCAGAACGCAGCUUGCUCGGAGGUACCUCUUGUUUUUCGUGUGCAAAUGAAGAGGCUUUCCAGAGGCGGGGCGGGGCGGGGCUCCUGCUGGCGCGGAUUUGGCAGCUAGGGGUUUCAGGCUUCGGAUGCGAGCGUGCGGUGGGAAAGCUGCGCAUCUCCAGCCCAUCCGAGAGGAUGGACCAGACUUAGAAACACUGGAGACCUGCGCCUUGAGGACUGGGGGGCGCGAGCCCGCAACUCUGCGGGAGAAGCCGGAGAAUCUGGGGGAACCGGGUCUGCCUCUCGCGCCUGGGCUUUCAGAACUGUGAUCACUCCUCAGUCUCCGGAGAUAAUUCUUCCCGCCCGGAACUGAAAAGAAUGAACGUAUGGAUGAGUUGCGUUUUCGCUUUCACUGCUCUCAGCGUGGUGAUUUUUGUGGUCUUAUAUACCAGCCAGCUAAGCCCGUCCAAUCUCUACCAGCCGCUCAACAGCUCCAGCGAAAGGACUGUCAUCGCCUGUGAUUACGGCUUGCAAAAUCAUACGUUCCUCAUGUGGGGGAACACAUUGCCACAUCCUUUGGGAAGAAUCUCUUGCCAACUAUACAAGACCCUGAGCCACUAUAUCACCAGACCCCUGUCCGGAGAAGAGGCUGCCUUCCCCCUGGCCUACACUAUGGUGAUCCACAAAGACUUCAACACUUUUGAAAGGCUCUUCAGGGCCAUUUACACGCCCCAGAAUGUCUAUUGCGUGCACGUGGAUGAAAAAGCCCCCUGGAAGUUUAAAAAGGCGGUCUGGCAGUUACUGGAGUGCUUCCCGAACGCGUUUCUGGCUUCUGAGACUAAGAAGGUGGUCUAUGGGGGCUUCUCCCGUCUCCAGGCUGACCUGAACUGCAUGAAAGAUCUGUUGGCAUCCAAGGUCCGCUGGAAGUAUGUUCUCAACACCUGCGGGCAGGACUUCCCCCUGAAAACCAACAAGGAAAUAAUUCACCAUCUGAAAAGAUUUAAGGGAAAAAACAUCACCCCAGGGGUGCUGCCUCCAAAGCAUGCAAUUGUGCGGACUAAAUACGUCCACCAAGAACGUACAGGCAAAGGUGGAUUUUUUAUGAAACAAACAAAUACUUUGAAAACUCCACCUCCACACCAGCUGACCAUCUACUUUGGCACGGCCUAUGUGGCCCUCACCAGAGACUUUGUCAGAUUUAUCAUGACUGACAAAAGGGCCAUUGAUCUCUUAGAGUGGUCUAAAGAUACCUAUAGUCCUGAUGAACAUUUUUGGGUGACGCUCAAUAGGAUUCCAGGAGUUCCCGGCGCCAUGCCAAACGCAUCCUGGACGGGCAACCUCAGAGCUGUAAAGUGGAAUGAUAUGGAAGCUCAGCAUGGAGGCUGCCAUGGUCACUAUGUACACGGCAUUUGCAUCUAUGGAAAUGGAGACUUAAAAUGGCUAGUAAAUUCACAAAGCCUAUUUGCUAACAAAUUUGAGCUCAACACGUACCCUCUUACUGUGGAGUGCCUGGAGCUGCGGCUUCGAGAGAGAACCCUCAAUCAGAGUGAAACUGCCAUACAACCCAGCUGGUAUUUUUGAUCCGCAGCAGCUCUGGCCUGGUGGGAAAUCAAAGGCGUAAAGAAGAGCCUUCCUCUCCAAGAGACUCUUGCCUUGGCUAUGCUGGAGGCUUCAAAAACGGGUUUCAGGAAAAUAUCAGGACUUGGCUUCAUGGCUAUGCUUAAAAUAUCCACUGGACACUGUGAUACAUUCACUGACCAGAUGGCUGGGUCUGCUGUCCUGGUGUUUUUAUCUAGCCUGGCCAUUUCAUUUGAAUGUCUUCCCUUCCUCCUCCGCCUCUUCUUUUUUCUUCUUUUUUAAAGACAAGCUCUUGCUAUAUAUCUCUGCAUACCCUGGAUCUUGCCAGGUAGCCCAGGAUGGCCUUGAACUCGGUUCUCCCACCUCCCCCCCACCCCCCAUCGCCCCCACCCCCUGCAAGUGCUGCUAUUACAAGUGUGUACAACCACACCUGGCUCUGAUGUCUGGCAGUCACUUGAUGCUCAUCUGCCUCUUAGUCGGCUUACUGUGGUCGAUGAUAAAUUUAAAUGCAGCGGUUCUCUGUGCCAGAUACUCAUAUUAGUGUAUCCUGCCAGAAAGGAGAAUGGUGGGAAUACUGUCUAAGAAUAUCAACCCUUGGUUUAUUUGAGGAGGAAGCUUUUAUACCAUCUUGGUAGCAACUAUGCAUUCAGCCAAACAUAGGCAUAGAGAGAGCUUUCUAGUAACUCACCACUUUCAUUUAAUCAAGGACUGAUUGGAGGUGGUGGGGCAGGCCUUUAAUCCCAGCACUUGGGAGGCAAAGGCAGGCGGGUCUAUGAGUCCAGCCUCGUCUAUAUCGAGCCAGUUCCAGGACAGCCAGGGCUACACAGAGAAUCCGGUCUUGAAAAACAAAAGACAAACAAACACAAGGAACUGAUCUCGAGGAGCUGAGGAACUAUAGAGUACAGUGUCUGAGCAUUUGAUUGACAUGUGUGGACUUGGACUUCGUCUCCAGCAGCACAAACAGGCCUGUGAACACUGGCAUUUUCAGUUUACUUGUGUCUGAAGUUGUGCUUACAGUACAAAGCCAUGAAGUGACAGAACAUGCCCUUAAGACAGGAGCCACUCUGUGGCUGCAGGAAGAGGACCUCAGGGAUGCCGAGCAUUUCCAUGUUCUGUUCCAGAAUAUUCACAGAGAACACUGAAACAUCCUCACAGGAAUGAGGGAAUUGUUUUCUUUCCCACAGGAAAGGUGCUAUUGUGUGGGUCUGGAACCUGUGAACAAUUCACUUCUGGAGUUCCGUUUCUAUAUGAGAGAUAGGGACCUGGUUCUGUUGUACACAGCUUUAACCACGCCAGGAAGGCGUCCAGGUAGCUUGCAAUGAUUGGUGCUGACAGGUGUUCCUGGAUGCUUAAGAGCUUUCGAUUGUAGAUGGACGUCUAUGUCCUUUUCCACUCACUCACUAUUCAUUGACUGAGCCUGCAUUCACUAAAUGCCUCUUGAACAUCUGUGAUCCUCCAGACACAUGUUGGCACAAGAGGGUCACAUGUUGACACAAGGUAUUUCCUCCGCUAUAAAACUGGGUAGUGGUAUCGGCUUUGGAAACCCUGCUCUAGAGUCUUACAAAAUGGCUACACUGCACAGGUGCCCUGUUCUGGCUGCAUAUUCCAUCAGGCCGUAGGGAUCAGUAAUUACAGUCAGAUUAAUCCAGAGACAUGGGGGCAGGAGGAAACGUAAGCUAAAGUCUCUUGUCCCCCACCAGCUCCUUCUUGUCUCAUUUAUUCAAAACUCACACCUCUCUCGAGGGUGACGUGAGUAUCUGUAUCUUGCAGAUGAUGUAACAAGCCUUAGAAUAGCUAAUGAUCAUUAGGAAGCAAAUUCUUAGAAUUUAGGCUGAUCCUCGCAGCUCAUUUCCUUAGGGUUGUUGAGAGAAGGUCAAAUAAAGCCAUACUUAAUAUCUCCAGAGAAGGCAGAGUUUAAGAAUGGACUCAAUGUUAAUUUGGAGAAAAAGUUCUGUCAUUCAGAAAAAUGUGAGGUCAGGACUCAGCAAGUGCAGGUGCUUGCUGCCAAGCCUAACAACCCAAGUUCAAUUCCUGGGACCCACACAAUGGAGGGAGAGAGUUCACUCCCACAAGUUACUCUCUGACCACAACACACAUGUUGUUGCACAUAGUCACUCCCUAACACACAAAUGAAUAGAUGCAAUCUUAAAAAAUGUGUUCCUAAAUAUUUAUUUGUUCUAAUGAAAAAAUGCUUACUUUAAAUGAUGUCACUUACCACAAUGUCAUUCUUGUGCUGUAAUUGUGCCUGCUGCAUUUAAUCAUCUUUAAAGGGAAUCAUUUUCAUGUAAAACUUUCUUUUUCCUUCCACUGAAAAACAAAAUGGGAUUGUGUCGAGUAAUAAAAGGUCAAAAGGCAGGGAUGCACUUGGUGAAGUCUAAGACGGGUCUCUUUUUUAUGUUAUUUGGAUGGUAGCACCUGAAAAGAAAUGUUUUACACUGGAUCUCUCAUGGAAAAUGAGAAAAUUUUCUGGAAUAGAAGUUUACAUGCCUAUUGCUGGUCACCUCUUUGUCGUAGAUACUUUAAUAUUGGAAGAGAGUAGCAUUUGAGCCAGUGAGCUAGCUGUGGAGGUACCCUCAUCUACGGUAUCUGUUUUGGUGUUGACGUUUUCUGUUUUUGUUUUCUUGGAAAUAAAUUAAUAUAUUGUUUUCCACCUUCA